AUGUCUCCCUCUGCCAGCCUGCUGUUGCUGCUGCUGCUUGGCCUGAGUCAGGCGCAGAUCUACCAGGAGGAGGAAAUGGAGAAUGACGCAGAAAAAGAUGGCGUCGACAUCUCCACUAGGAUUCUGACCGCCAACAACGCCAGUGACGAGUUCCUGCUGGAGGGAGACCUGCUGCCUCCCACCAGCCGAAACGCCAUGACGUGCUGGGGCAACAGCUGCCUGUGGAAAAAGUCCGGCAGACAGGUGGUGGUGCCCUACGUGGUGAGCAGACAGUUCCCCAGCUACGAGAGGCAGAUGAUCGAGGGCGCCAUGAGGGCCUUCGCCGGGCGCACCUGCGUCCGCUUCACCCCCCGCAGGAACGAGUACGACUACAUCAGCAUCGAGAACAAGCGGGGGUGCUGGUCCGUUUUGGGCCGAGAGGGGGGCCGGCAGGAGCUUUCCCUCAACCGGGGGGGCUGCAUGUACAGCGGCGUCAUCCAGCACGAGCUCAACCACGCCCUGGGCUUCCAGCACGAGCAGACCAGGAGCGACCGGGACAACUACGUCCGGAUCAACUGGAACAACAUCAUCCAGAGCAGCGCCUACAACUUCCACAAGCACAACACCAACAACCUGAACACGCCCUACGACUACUCCUCCAUCAUGCACUACGGCCGAACCGCCUUCUCCGUCGGCUACGGGAGGGAGACCAUCACCCCCAUCCCCAACCGCAACGUAGCCAUCGGCCAGAGGAGGGGUCUCUCCCGCUGGGACAUCCAAAGGAUCAACCUGCUGUACAGAUGCUAG